CGGUCACUCUAACGACGCCGCAUCGGCCCUACCUUGUUGUUUUGGUAAACUUGUAACGGCCAAUCAGAAGUUCGCAAGAAAUUAACGUAAAGUCUGACGUGUCCCGAAAAGAACCUUCCACGAUUCAAGAUUAUUCUGGAUCUGUAUAAAAUUAUAAGCAAUACGAGUUAAGCCGAGCAUAAUACUGUGCUACCUGGAAUAGCAAGGAAGUAAAAUCAUGGCGCCUACGUUACAGUCAUUCGUGCAUUCUUUCAAUAACAAAUUGGAAGCACCGGUCAGACAACACUUGAAAAAUGUCUAUGGUUGCCUGUCACUUUCCACGGUGUCGGCGGCUGUUGGUGCGUACAUUCACAUGUACACCGGUAUUCUGGAAGCCGGAUUGUUGACGACACUUGGAGCUCUUGGACUCCUUUUUGCCCUGAUAUCAACACCAGAUAAUGAUAAAAACCAGAAACUGCGUCUUGGUUAUCUCCUUGGAUUCGCAUUCCUUUCUGGACUGGGAAUGGGCCCGCUUUUGGAGGCGGUCAUCUUUGUCGAUCCCAGCAUCAUAGUCACUGCGUUAGUAGGCACUACGGUGAUGUUUGUCUCAUUCAGCAUCUCAGCAAUCCUAGCUGAACGAGGCCGCUGGUUAUACUUUGGUGGAACUCUGAUGACAAUGUUGAAUGCUAUACUACUCAUUUCAUUGGCUAAUCUCUUCUUACGCUCGCCCGUUGUCCACCAAAUCCAUUUAUACUUGGGCCUAUUUGUAAUGUCAGGAUUUGUCCUGUACGACACACAACUUAUCAUUGAGAAGCGUCGCAUGGGCAGCAAGGACUUUAUCGCUCACUCUCUGGAUCUCUUCAUUGACUUUAUUGGCGUUUUCCGUCGGCUUCUCAUUAUUCUUACCCAAAAGGAGCAACAAAAUCGCAAACGUAAAGACUAAAACCGACGAUGACGGUCGGAAGGAGCUUCAACGCAUUCAGUAAAUCCAUAAAAUAAAGGUCUUCAUCUAUCCUGUCCCAUGCAUAUACAAGGUGCUCCAGUUUUUGGCUGUCUCGACAUUUCAACAACUUUCACUGAAAAUAUUCUAAAACUUGUUGUGGUUACAAAAUUUCCCAUAGAGAGUCCAUAACUUUAUAUGUAAAAUAAUGGAUCUCAUUCGGCUUCAUGCUAAAGAGUAUUGAAAAAUUGUGAGUUCACAAACUGUGACACCUUGUGUGUAUAUAAAUAUAAAUAAAUACACUUAUGUUAUUUCAUACAAGAGAACAUACUAUAUAUAUAUACUUAUAUUUACUAUAUAUAUAACUUGCUGUAACUAUGGAUAAAAUUUUGCACUCCUGACGUGGCUCGCCCACAAUUGAAUACGUUUAUAACUUCUUUUUAUAAUCGAUCUUAUCAAAUACCUGUUGUUUGGGUAGUUGUUCGUUGAUUGUUCGAGCGUUCUAAAACCUGCUUGCGGACUGGCGCUGUGCCUCGUGGUUUGUGACGAGCCAUAUCAGGAAGUGAAAUUUGAUUCUUACUAAUUGAUUGUAUAGUACAAUAAGGAUAACGGUAAUUUAUAAAAUUGGUGAAAUUCAGGGGUAAUACACACGGUGAUUUCAUGCUAUCUUAAA